AUGCUGUGGGUUACCUUGCUGAGCUCCAUAGCCUUGGGAUGGACCACCCCGAUCCCAUUACUAGAGGACUCGGAGGAGAUCGAUGAGCCGUGCUUCGAGCCAUGCUACUGCGAGGUCAAAGAGGGCAUCUUCCACGUGCACUGUGACAGUAAAGGAUUUACAAAUGUGAGCCAGAUUGCUCAGAUAUGGAGCAGGCCGUUCAAACUCAAUCUGCAGAGGAAUUCCAUGAGGAAGCUCUACUUUAACAGCUUUCUGCAUCUCAACAAUGCCAUAUCUAUCAAUCUCGGUAAUAACGCCUUGCAAGAUAUCCAUGCUGGAGCAUUCAACGGCUUAGGAAUACUCAAACGGCUUUUCUUACAUGAGAACAAACUAGAGAUUUUCCGGAAUGACACAUUUCUUGGACUGGAGAGUUUAGAAUAUCUCCAGGCAGACUACAAUGUGAUCAAAAGAAUUGAAAGUGGUGCAUUCAGGCACCUACACAAAUUGAGAGUGCUCAUAUUAAAUGACAAUCUGAUUCCUUUACUCCCCAAUUAUCUCUUUCGGUCUGUUUCACUCACACAUUUGGACCUUAGAGGGAACAGACUAAAAACGUUGCCCUACAAGGGAACGCUGGAGUACGUUGGGCGGAGUUUGAUGGAAAUCCAGCUGCAAGAAAACCCAUGGAACUGUGUGUGUGAGAUCGUCCAACUCAAGACUUGGCUAGAGAGGAUUCCUUAUACUGCAUUGGUCGGAGAAAUCACAUGUGAGUACCCAUUCCAUCUGCAUGGUAAAGACUUACGGGAUAUCAAGCGCAGUGAACUUUGUCCUUUGAUGUCCGAUUCUGAAAUUGAUGCCAAGCUGGGGAUUCCCCGCAUCCCAUUCAACAAUGAGAACACGUGGCCUACCAGACCUUCCUCUAUGCUCUCUUCUUUUCACAACACAGCGUCUUCUGCAAUAAAGCCCACCAAACGACCUCGGCCCACAAAGAACCCCCCAACCCCUCGUAGUGUCUACCCAGGCAUCAACCAGCCCCCUAUUGCCGGCUAUCAGACAAGACCUCCAAUCCCAAUAAUUUGUCCAACAGGAUGUGUUUGUAACCUUCACAUCAAUGACUUGGGCCUGACAGUUAACUGUAAAGAGAAAGCCUUUCACAAUAUCUCUGAUCUUUUGCCAAGGCCUCUCAAUGCCAAGAAAUUAUAUCUCAGCGGGAACCUAAUACAGAAAAUCUACCGUUCUGAUUUCUGGAACUUUUCAAGUUUGGAUUUACUGCACUUAGGCAACAACCGGAUAUCAUACGUGCAGGAGGGCGCUUUCAUUAACCUGCCAAACUUAAAAAGCUUAUAUCUGAAUGGCAAUGACAUUGAGAGACUCACCCCUGGGAUGUUUCGAGGUCUUCAGAUGUUGAGUUAUCUCUACUUUGAGUAUAAUGUUAUACGUGAGAUACAGCCUAACUCCUUCUCCCUAAUGCCUAAUCUGCAACUGGUUUUCCUCAAUGACAAUUUACUGCGCUCCCUCCCUGAUAAUGUUUUUGCUGGCACAAAUCUCGCUCGCCUCAACCUCCGCAACAAUUACUUCCUUGCCCUUCCUGUGCAUGGUGUACUGGAGCAUCUGCCCUCUAUUGUCCAGAUUGAUCUUCAUCAGAACCCUUGGGAGUGCUCCUGUGAUACCGUCCCUCUGAAACAAUGGCUGGAAAAGCUCUCAUCUGGCAUUUUGGUUGGAGAUGUCAUCUGCAAGACACCAGAAUUUGCCUUUGGGAGGGAUUUGCGUUCAUUUGAAGUCGAAGUCCUUUGUCCAGAACGAAAGUAUUCCUCAGGCCCUUUGCCGGCUCAGCCUGGUGGAGAUGACCUCACCACAGGAAGUACUGGUAUGGGGGAGGCAGGAAGAAGGGACACAGUUCCGCUCUCUGUCCUCAUCCUCAGCCUCCUCAUUCUCUUCAUCUCAGCUGUGUUCGUAGCAGCCGGGCUGUUCGCUUUUGUUCUUCGCCGGAGGAAGAAACUGCCCUUCAGGAAGCGCUCAGAGGUGGAUCUGACAGGGAUUCAGAUGCAGUGCAGGAUUUUUGAGGAUGCACCUAGGCAGAGUAGUGCCGGGAAUACAAGCACACUAGAGAAGCCAACCUCCAGCUUGCAUACACACACUCAUCCCAGUCACACACAUUCCCAUGGCCAUGUUUAUGAUUACAUCCCCCACCCUGUGACUCAGAUGUGUAACAACCCCAUAUAUAAGCCCCGGGAGGGGGAGAUCGCAGCAACAUCAGAUGAAAACAGAGGGCAGUUUCCAGCCAAGAAGGACAAUGGCAGCAGUAGUAGCAGCAGCAACUACAGAACCUUGUUAGAGAAAGAAAGAGAGUGGAGCCUGGCUGUCUCCAACUCUCAACUCAACACCAUUGUCGCCGUCAACCACACUACAGCCGACUUUGCAGGGCUUCAUGAAAACGGUGGGAUCUGCCCUACAGUCAUUGACAGUCAGAGACCAACACCUACCGUGGGUUUUGUAGACUGCCUUUAUGGAACAGCCCCCAAACUGAAGGACAUGCAUGUGGCACACGCACACCCACCCGGCAUGCAGUACCCAGAUUUGCAACAGGAUGCUCGGCUGAAGGAGACCUUGCUUUUCACAGCAGGGAAAGGUUGUUUCCCUGACCCGUCCCAAAGCGAUUACCUGGAGUUACGGGCCAAACUUCAAACCAAGCCGGAUUACCUCGAAGUGUUGGAAAAAUCCUAUCGGUUUUAA